AUUGGAUAAACAAAAAAAAAAAACAGAGAUAACGUUUAGAACAACCAGAAGAAGAAAAAAAAAAGGAUUGGAAGAGAGCAGUAAUGGCGACAUCGGUUGCGACUCUAUCUUCUCCGCCACCAGUCACUCUGCCUCUCUCGUCAUCUCGCUCUUCCUUAUUCUCCAACUGUUUCAUAGCAACCACCCAACGAAGACCAAAGACCCGUUCUUUGGUUGCGAUUCGACCGGAGCAGAGGAGGAGAAAGGCGGCACUGACUUGUAAUGCUCUGUUUGGUCUCGGUGUCCCUGAGCUCGCGGUGAUCGCUGGCGUCGCCGCGUUGCUUUUCGGACCUAAGAAGCUUCCUGAGAUUGGCAAGAGUAUUGGCAAGACCGUCAAGAGCUUUCAACAGGCUGCAAAAGAGUUUGAGUCUGAGCUUAAGACGGAACCUGAAGAUUCUGUUACUGGCUCGUCGUCUCCUGUAGCAAUGAGCAACAAGGAAGAGGAUAAAACUGAGGUUUCGUCAAGCUCAAAGGACAAUGCAUGAAUGAAGAAAUGAUGCGGCUUUCUUUAAGCUAGCUUUGUUUUUUCUGUAGCUAGAACAGUUGAUGAAAUGAGUUUAGAUCAAAUACUCUUUGUUGGUGGAAGCAGACUUGUCUUCCUAUGAUAUAUGGUUGCAUGGUGUUUGAAUCUCU